GUCCGGUCCGGUUGUUUGCGCGCGCGACUUUUGCGUACGGGAACGCGCCGAAGUUGCGGAGUUCUAAUAGGAGUUCUAUGCGAUAGCGCCCACGUCUAAAAAAUUGUCAACCAAAGAAGAAAGGAGGAUAUCAAACAUACCCUGAUAAGAAAUGUAAAUCAUCUGUCUAUUAGAGUGAACCAGGGACGAAAGCAAGGGGAAGGCAUAAUGUGAUGCAAUGAAGACUAACAGCGAAUACAACUAGUCACACACACUAAGAUGCACGUUGGCAGUUUGCUGCCUUGGCGAUGUUUUCUGAUGCUGCAGCUAGUCCAUAUUGCCAAAUUCGACUUCUUGGAGACGACCGUCUCUUGUCCGCCAGAGUGCAUCUGUUUAUCCCAAACCCAGGUGCUGUGCAAUUCCGGUGGGCUCAAGGAGAUACCGCUAAAACUAUUACCGCCAUCCGUCGAGCAUUUAUCUCUAACGAGAAACCACUUCCCCAUCAUUAAGAGCGACUCUUUCGCCGGCUUGAGAUACUUACGGAAGCUCUCCCUCGAUGGCAACAACAUAUCCAUUAUUAAGCCGUUCGCUUUCAGGGGACUGCCAAGAUUACGCGAGCUCUCCAUACAGCAAACCCCAUUGGCGACCGUGGCUCAGUUCUCGUUCGCCGGCCUCCAGAACAUCACGUCAAUAUACCUGAGCCACAACAAGAUUAGGAAAGUGGAGGCUUACGCGUUCGCCGGAACCUCCAAUUUGAAGCUGCUCGUGUUGACGAACAAUCCGAUCACGAGGAUCGAGAGCAACGCGUUCAGCGGCCUCUCCAACGUCGAGAGGCUUAAUUUUCCAUCGGGGGUGCGGGUACUGGACUCGGAUGCGUUCAAUGGGUUGGACACUGUGGGGUAUCUGAAACUGGCCUACAUGGACUUGCCCAGCUUGAAAGGUGGUACGUUCCGUGGACUCACCAACGUUAGGGUGCUGUCUAUACAGGAGUCCGAUUUGGGGGUGAUCGACGGUGAGGCUUUCGAUGGCAUGACUUACAUUAAGUUCCUAAACGUUUUGAAUAAUAAAAUUGAUGCGAUUGAGUUCUUGAACUUCACCGACGAACAGCAGAUCGGCCACUUGAAGUUCCAGGGCAACCACAUUCUCGAAAUACCGAAGCCCGAUACCAUUUUCAUUGAAGUGGAUAAACUGACAGUCGUGUCCAAUCAUUUUCCUUGUGAUUGCAACAUACAUUCCCUCCUGGAAGGUCCAUUAGCUAAUGGCAGUUUAGUGGAUUUCGUAUCCAAAAAUUACUGCAUAUCACCUUUAGAAAUAAACGGGUUACACAUGAGCGAAAUUGACAUCGAAUCGAUAGGUCGGUGUCAGGAGGAAGUAACACGCGGCAACUUGGAAGCAUCGAGAGGACUUCCCAGUGCUGUUGCGAGAGUUCCCUGUGCGCGAAGGACCUUCGCUUUAGUGAUAUUAUUAUUGACGUUCCUCUUUAGUUAAUUAAUGUGAUACGGACUAGUGAAAUGUACUAUAACAAAUGUAAUACUGUAAAUACGAUGGACAAAGACGAUUUUCAAUUCAUUAAUAAGAGCUUAAAUCCUAUAAUUAUCGGAACAUGUGCUUCAUCCGCUCUGUCGUUCAUUGAAUGUUUCUAACAACUACGAAUUAAGUCGACGUGACUUUUUAUUGGAUUUUCAUUAUUGUAAUUAUCGCAAUAAUCAUUGUUACAUGUAACACUCUCCAAUUUUUUUUUAAUAUACGUUGCCUAUUAUUAUAGGGGUGUUAUGUUGUUUAUAAAUUACGAGAGUCAAUUUGAAUGUUACUAUUAAAUAAUAGACAUUGUUAUUUUCAUUUAAAGGUGAAAUAAUUAAUUUAUUGGAAGGGGUGAAAAGCGAAGUCUUAAAAUAAGUAUACGUAUCAAAAUCAAAUUAUUCAUAUCAAGAUUUUUUUAAAACAAAGGCAGAUCUUGGCUUUCCAUCCCCUUAUUUGUUGACAUAUCGUGAGUAUAUUUUAGUUGAAGUAUAUACAAACUGUUUUCAUUAAUGAAUAUAUACAUUUUUUUAUUUAAUCAAUAGAAUAAAUUUU